CCCCUUUUACGUCAAAAUCUUAACCUAAUUUGUACAUAUUUAUUUGGGAUGUUAAGAUCUUUUUUAUCUACAAAUUAAUAACAACCACAGAAAAUUAAUUCUACAAUCCAAAGGUCGAAAAAUAAUUCAAGAAUAAAGUCAUGUCUAGCUAACCUGGCCUUGAGCAUCUUAUCAACUUUUUAUUGAGAAAUUAUAUCAUAAUUCAUUUUUGUAGCUCAUAUAAAAAUCUACCUAAACCAAAUUACGCUUAAUAAUGGUUUCAAAACUAAUUACUCGAAUGCUAAAUUCUCGGCAGUAUAACUUAUUUAAUAGGUACAAUAAUUUUGUAAAAAACAGAAUGAUGUCUACACAAACUGGGGCUUCCACAGAGUUUCCUACUUUAUCCGAAUUAAAAUAUGGCAUGACCAAAGAUAUGGGAGUUGAUGUAUACCAACCAAUUCCUAAAGAUCGCUCUCAUUUACUUAAAUAUUUACCAAAAACUCAAACUGAAUUACCAAAUAGGUCAAUGAAGGAUAGCUUUUUGGUAGGAAUAAUACCACUUUCUUCUGACAAAUUUCUGCAAGACAAGUAUACUACUUUCUUAGGACAAGUACGAAUAGGACGAUUGUUGGAAGAUAUGGAUAUCUUUGCAGUAAUGGUUGGACACAAACACAUAGUAAAUCCUAACCAAUCAGGAACAGAGAAUUUUCCAUACACUUUGGUUACAGCUCUUGUUGAUAAGAUAGACUUCACGGAUUUUAUACCUAAACCGGCAGAAGAUAUUAAAAUUUCGGGCCAUGUCAGCUGGGUGGGAAGAUCAUCUUUGGAAGUAGUUGUAUGGCUGGACCAAAAGAUGCAUGGCACUUGGCAUCGUAUUACUAGAGCGCUAUUUCUAAUCGCAGCUAGAGAUUCUCUUAACGAAAAAUCAGCUUCCGUCAAUGCCAUAGAACCGGCCGAUGAACGAGAAAAAGAAAUUUUAUCUGGUGGAGAAGAGAGGAAGAGGAGAAGGAUGUUUAUGCAACAGAAACAUGUAUCUAAGCUAAUUCCGGAUGGCGAAGAACAACAGAUAAUCCAUAAUUUGUAUAUCCGUACCACUGACAAAGACAACAGUUUGCGAAACAGGGUGUUACCUCCCGGAUGUGUCUGGAUGAGCAGUGCUACGAUUUCGAACACGAUCUUUUCCCACCCCGACGAACGUAACAUGCACAACACUGUUUUCGGAGGGUUCAUCAUGCGCAUGGCAGAAGAACUCGCUUGGGUUCUAGGUUUCACUUUUAGCAAAUACAGGCCCGUACUUAAAAGUAUUAGUGAUAUUAGUUUUCAGAAGCCAAUCGCCGUUAGCUCGUUAAUUAGAAUGCACGCGCAUGUAGUUUACACUCAACUUAACUGGAUACAGAUAUUAGUUUAUGUAGAGGUUUAUAACUCCGUAACAGGAGAUAAUGACACAACCAAUAUUUUACAUUUUACCUUCCAAGUACCAGAAUUGGUUCACGAGUGUAUACCACAAACGUAUCACGAGGCUAUGAUGUAUAUUGAUGGUAGAAGACAUUUUCUUGAAGUAACACAGAAACCUAAUUCUUUCCCAAGUAAAUUAUAAUAUUAACUGGAACACUGAAAGUUAAUAUUUGCAAAAUUUGAGAAUACACUCAACAUUUACUCAACACACAAAUUACACUAUAAUCUGAAUGCGACUGGUCGAAUGAUUAAUAUCUAUUUCAUUAAAAAAACAGUUGAGAAUGUUUCUCUACAACA